UAUUUUGUCAGGAAUACUCAUCACUUCUUCUGCAAAGGCCAAUGGUACAUUUCUACAUCAGCUAAGGAUAUCAAGUGUUUAUGAAAGGGAUGAAGGAAAUUGGAGUAUAAUGGCUUCCAACGGGGUGACAGUGGUGAACAAGGGUAUCAUCAUACGAGUGCUACCAAAACUGGUGCUGCUGAUGAUACCACAAUAUGAUCUCUCAAUUGAAACCAAAGAAAAUUUCACCCUUCAAUGUGUUGUGGUGAACCCUGGAUCCCUGAUUAAUUUGACAAGUGGAAGUCUUAUCUGGGUAAAAGAUGGGAAGCCUUUAUUGACAGGUUCUAUAUUCACCAUUAAUACAACACAAACUUCGACAAUUUUAAAUAAAGCCUCAGCAGAGAUCAGUGAUUCUGGAAAUUAUUUUUGUUUACAUUCCACCUACCCUGACCCAUUAAAUGUUUCCAUUCACGUAAACAUCACAGGACCAGAAUCUGUGGAGAUACUAUUCUUCAGAAUUAGUGAUUCAAUAUCACGAGAGGGGAAAUCAGUUUGGCUUGAAACAGAGAUAUAUGACAUAAGCGACCUUAGUGUCCAGUGGUUUCACAAUGGGAACUUGAUAACCAACUCUUCAUUGAGAUAUAAAAUAACAUCAUAUUCAACCGGAAAUGGUACAUUACGCAAUGUGCUCAACAUACCAAAUGUUCUACAACAGGAUGAUGGGUUCUAA